CGUGACGUGAAAGAUCACUCAAUAUUAUUGUCCAUUGAGAGACGGAGAAAACACCUAGCAGCCGACAUGGAGCCCACRAAGUCGCACGCCGCUACUGAUGCUACCCUAGUAAGUGCAGCCGACAAUAAUCCGAAUACMAUUAAAGAGGAUCUAGAAAAUCCUAGGAGUCCAGAAGCCAAAUCGAUGUCACACACGGAUGAASCUCAGAAAAGCAUCGAAGACGACGGCAAAGCUAGCGCUAGCGACGCUGACACUGCCAGUGACAUGGAGAGGGAUAGMAAUUUUGUUGUAGAUUCUCCAAAGGGCUUUUGGAACAGGGUUUGGAAACCAGAAGAAGAAGAGAUCACAUUUUCGGUGGACAGCAAAGCGUCGCUCCAUGGUCGCAGGGCGUCGAUAUUGUCGCUAGAGAGCGACCUAGGCACCUCAAGCAAACCAUUAAAAGUCUGGUAUCGCAGCAUGGUCAUUCGGCAAUCUUGCCACAGCCACCUGGCCGAUAAAUAUAUCUCGAAAGAUAUGUACUUUAAUACUGCCUCCAUCACAAUUACGGCUAUAACAUCCUCCGCCAUUUUUACUUCGCUUGUGCCAAGCRCAGCUGCUAAAGCAGCUCAAGCUGGUACAUACAACUCUUUGGCGGUGACGGCAGGCAUUCUUGCAGCCUUCAACACUGUGUURCAGGCGAUAAUGAAAWCUACUGCAUACCACAGAAGAGGGGAAAACCACCUAAUCGCAUUCAAACAAUACACAAARAUGAGGUUCCAACUGGAAAAUCUCAUUGGAGACAAGAUGUCUUACUAUCACCACAGCGAGAUCGAUGACAGAAUGCUCGAUGUGUGGAUAGAAAAGUACGAAGAACUCUUGGAAUCAGAGCCAAUGAUACCGCAACACAUCUUGGAGAGCAUAACACAGAGAGAAGACGAUGCGGGUCUCAAAUGGACGAGACAGACGAUAGAAACGGAAUAGAUAUCGGCAGAAAUAAACUCAGAARUUGUUG